GUCGUUGACAACGGCCAAGGCCCAAAGCUCACCACGCGUCACCGCUCUAGAGUCUAGACCCGCGCAAGAGUGACGUCUUCCCCGUCGCGAGGUUUUCCUUUUCGUUCUUACUCUCUUCCAAGUUCUUCAACUUCACAACUCGCGCCGCUGCUGCAGUGCUCAGACACAGAGAAGAGCCGCCGCAGAACGCCGAGGUAGAGUAGUAAGCGAAAAACAGAGUUCAAACUAGAUGGGGAAGAAGCCAAAGAGCUCGAGGAAGGGGAAGAAAGCAUGGAGAGCUAACAUAAGCACCGACGACAUCGACGAAUUCAUCGAGAAAUCAACCAAAGACGCUCUCACCGGCGGUUCCCUCGCCGAGGUACCCAAUGAAUCCCUCUUCUUUGUCGACAAAUCCAAAGACCUUUCUGUGAAGAGGAAGAUUGAAAAGCACAGAGAGAAAGUGCUCCACUGUGACAGUGUUCUGCAGAGGAACCCUUUUGUUAAGGCAAUUCCUUCUUCAAAUGAUAAGAAGAAGUCGAGCAUGAAGAAUAAGAAGAAUAAGAAAGACUCUACUGAGGCUUCCACUUCGAAAGAUGAUGCUACGAAGGUUGUCCUCCUCGGAUGGAAGUUGAUCAAAACUGCAGUUUUAUAUUUCUGGCACAUGGAAGUUGUCACAAGUUUAAACAUUUUGUUCUUUCAUGUCUCAGGAUGGUUCACCAGUGAUAAUGGUCUGGUCAUUAUUCAUAUUUGUGUGGUGAUGCAUUUAUGGAUGCAGGUUGUCAAAACGUCGGUUAUUCCUGCAGUGGAAGUUGACCCUCCUGGAUGUUCAUACAAUCCCAAUUUUGAAGCCCAUCAGGAUUCCUUGGCAAAAGCUGUUGCGGAAGAAAUGCAGAAAGUCUAUCAAAGCGAGCUGGGACCUCAGCCUGUACCUUUAACUGUUCAAGGAGAUGCUAUUGAAGAGGAAGAGAUGUACUUUCUUGAGGUUGAUAAUGGGGAUGAUGAAGCAAAUGAGGAGAAUGAAGAUGCUCCAGAAAAGAGUUCUUCCAUGAAGAAAAUGGUUACAAAAGUUGAGUUCAAUAGAAGAGCUAGACUGAAAGACCGGCAGAAAAAAGAAUCAGAAGCCAAAAAGAAAGCAGAAAUUUCAAAAGAAAUCGAUAGCUUACCAACAAUCAUUGAUGAAAUAGCCAAAGAAGAUGAAGAGAAGCAAAAGAGAAUGAUGCGUCGGUUAGUGGCAAAGCAGGAAAGACUAAAACAGCAACCCCCGCGCCUGGGGAGGCACAAAUUUGUGCCUGCUCCUACUCAAGUACUGUUGUCUGAAGAGAUUACUGGCUCACUUCGCAAGUUGAAGGCGUGCUGCACUCUCGCCACGGAUCGGUUUAAGAGCCUGGAGAAAAGAGGACUGAUCCCUCCUUCAGCCAACAAGAGAAGAAGAAAGUAUAAUUUUGCUUAUGAAUUACGUUUCUUGGCAGGUGAUAAGGUGUUGGAUUUAUACUUUAUAGACGAUGGAGAGGCUGAGGAAGCAGCUGGCGUCCUAAUCGACGUGAGAGUCGAAGAUGAGGCACUGCGAAAGCUUCGUCUGAAACAUUUGGAAGAGAUGCGCACGUUAGCAGCUCAUCUCCGAACGUAUCUACGCGGGAGACCAGCCGGAAAUGUGCAGCGAUCGCGCAAUUUCUGCUCGUCGCCGUCGGUCAAUAGAGCAGAUGAGGCGGCGGCGGCGAUGGAGGAGGAAGCUGAGAGAAAAAUAGGGUGGUUGCUGAAGGUGAUCUUCGCUGGGACUGCCACCGCCAUCGGCUAUCAGUUCUUCCCUUAUAUGGGAGAUAAUUUGGUCCUUCAGUCGAUUUCGCUCUUACAAGUGAAGGAUCCCUUCUUUAAAAGAAGCGGAGCUUCUAGAUUAGCCAGUUAUGCUAUUGAUGAUGGAAGGAGGAUGAAGAUAGUGGAGCUGGGUGGUGCUCAAGAGCUGCUCAACAUGUUGGAGGCUGCUAAAGAUGACCGAACCCGAAAAGCUGCUCUUGAGGCUCUUGCAGCUUUGACUAAAUCAGAUAAAGCUGCUGGAGCAUUACACAAGGCAGGUGCGAUCCCUAUAGUUCAGUCUACUCCAAGUUCAGUCGAGGAAGAGGCCAUUGACAAGUACAAAACAGGUCUACUUAAGAGGUUCCAAGACUUGAAAUAUGAUGGUUCGUCCUAGCCACGGCUUGUUAGCUUGUAAUGAAGUUAUCUUGACAGUAAGAUUAAAGAGUUAAGAGAUAAGUAACUCAACUGUGGAAGGGAAGGGACAAAUGGGUUCAAGUGGAAACGGGAAUCAGAAAGAUGAAAAUGACGAGGAGUCCAAAAAUGGAGAGUGCCAAGCUCAAGUCACUAUUGAGCUCUCGACUUCUAAGAAGACCUUACUGGGAAAUGACAGCCUUCCCAAGAAGCCCCAACAAGACAGCUUACCUAACGUAUCUAACCGUGCUGCAUUCCUCAAGUUUGGCUCUGCAUCUGCCAGAUUCAGGCAGCUUGCUAAGGACAAGGACGAUGCCUCGCGUUUGGUAGCUUCUUCCAGCAGCCGUGGCAUUAGAGAGCGGAUUCAUGAGGUUUGUGCUAAGAAGAUCGAUUGGGCAUCUGUGUUCAAGAUGAGCAAAGAAUGGAUCCGAGACCCAAUGAACUUGGCUCUUUUCAUAUGGAUACUGAUUGUUGCCAUAUCAGGUGCGAUCUUGUUCCUUGUCAUGACUGGAAUGUUGAACCAAGCUUUGCCUAGCAAGUCUCAGAGGAAUGCAUGGUUUGAGGUAAAUAACCAGAUACUCAAUGCGUUGUUCACCCUAAUGUGCUUGUACCAACACCCGAAGCGAUUUUACCAUCUGGCCUUGCUUAUUAGAUGGAGACCUGACGAUAUUACUAAGCUUAGGAAGAUUUACUGCAAGAAUGGGGCUUACAAGCCACACGAAUGGGCACAUAUGAUGGUUGUCGUGCUUCUCCUUCAUUUAAACUGUUUUGCACAGUAUGCACUAUGUGGUCUCAACUUAGGGUACAGGAGGUCUCAACGACCUCCAUUAGGAGUUGGAUUAUGCAUAUCUGUAGCAAUAGCUGCCCCAGCUGCUGCUGGUGUGUACUCAAUCCUCAGUCCCUUAGGAAAGGACUAUGAUUCGGAUAUGGAUGAGGAAGCGCAGGAGGGGAGUACUUCCAUUAAUGGGGCUCAGUUGUUGUCCAGGAAAUUAGAAAAGAGAUACUCAUUUGCAACAGGGGAUAUUGCUGAAAUGAUGUUCGAGAGCCGGCCACAAUGGAGUGGUGGGAUACUCGAUUUCUGGGACGAUAUCUCUCUAGCAUACCUUUCGCUCUUCUGCAGCUUCUGUGUCUUUGGUUGGAACAUGGAGAGGCUUGGCUUCGGUAACAGAUAUGUCCAUAUAGCGACAUUUCUCCUCUUUUGCAUGGCUCCGUUCUGGAUCUUCAACUUGGCUGCUGUCAACAUUGACAAUGAGAUUGUGAGAGAAGCAUUGGGAGUCACUGGACUCAUCCUUUGUCUGUUUGGCCUUCUCUAUGGUGGGUUCUGGAGGAUUCAGAUGAGGAAGAGGUUCAAUUUACCGGCAUAUACCUUUUGUUUCGGUAAACCGGGUGCCUCUGACUGCACACUGUGGCUGUGCUGCUGCUGGUGUUCGCUAGCUCAGGAGGUUCGAACUGGGAAUGCUUACGAUGUCGUCGAGAACAGGCUACUGCAGAAACAUACCAAUGGCAGUGGUAAGCAGCCAGAGUCGUCUCCAGCACGUGGCGUCUCUAGCCCGUGGCAUGGUGCAAUGCCUGAUUCCUCCAGUCCUGUGAAAGAGGCUCCAGGAGCCAAGGAUCAUGCCAUGGCUGCGCCAACUCCCUCAACGAUAGAAAGAGAUGGCAUUUCUGUGGAGAAUGGUGCGGAUUCAGGCUUACCAUCUGCAACUGUGAACAAAGAGUUGAGUGUGUGAUACAAAUGUGUGUAGAGUUUACAAUAGUUUCUUGAGUUCAGUUUACAAAUGUGUGUAAUGUAUAUCUCUGUCUUCGGCUUUUUCUACCUCCUGAGUAUACUCUGAUUGAGAGGACCUUUCGGCUGAUCCCGUUUUAGUGCAUAUUGAUUUGCAUAUGCUGUCCGGCUGGAU